AUGAUCUCGGUUGACAGGUUGGUGAUCCUACACGAAGAGGCCGAAGAUGGGAACGCCAUGCCCGAUCUCUCUCGACCCGUCCAGGCGGUCAGCAAUGCCGUGGCCAAUCUCAUCAAGGUGGGUCGGGAUACGAUCAACAGCAGCGACGAUCCCAUCCUGAGGCAGGACAUGCCAGGGUCCCUUCACAGGGUGGAAGGGGCUUCUCGCCUCCUCGAAGAUGCCUGUGCCAUGCUCAAGGCUGAUCCGUAUUCUCAGCCUGCCAGAUACGUAAGGGAUCUAUUCGUACCGCAUCAUCAGACGUCUUUCUCCCUGCCGAUUUUUGGCAAUAGGAAGAAGCUGAUCGAUGGGGCAAGAGGAAUCCUCCAGGGAACAUCUGCACUCCUCCUCUGCUUUGACGAAUCCGAGGUUCGCAAGAUCAUCCGGGAGUGCAAGAAGGUCCUCGACUACCUCGCCGUGGCGGAAGUCAUCGAGACCAUGGAGGAUUUGGUCCAGUUUGUCAAGGAUCUUAGUCCCUGUCUCACCAAGGUGUCAAGGGAAGUGGAUUCCCGUCAGAAGGAGCUAACCCAUCAAGUUCAUCGGGACAUCUUGAUCCGUUGCCUGGAUCAAGUCAAAACUCUUGCGCCCAUCCUCAUCUGCUCCAUGAAAAUAUUCAUUCAGAUCAUAGCUCAGGGUGGAAAAGGAGCAGAAGAGGCAGCAGAGAAUCGAAACUACCUGGCGGGACGGAUGACCGACGAGAUCACGGAGAUCAUCCGCGUCCUCCAGCUGACGACUUACGACGAAGACGAGUGGGAGGCCGACAACCUGAUGGCCAUGAAGAGGUCCCAGAAUAUAAUCGAGAACAAACUGCAGACUGCUCAUGACUGGCUCCAGGAUCCAUUGGCUCUGAGAGGUGGCGUCGGAGAGAAGUCCCUGCGCCAGAUCCUGACUCACGCUGCACGCGUGGCCGAUCGGAGCCUCCCUCCGGAUCGAGAUGCCAUUCAUAAGAUGUGCGGAGAUAUAUCUUCCAUGACAGAUGCGCUCUGUGAACUACGACAGACUGGUCAGGGCAGGAGUCCUCAGGCCCAGAGCUUGGCAGACAGCAUUGGACAGAAGCUGAAAGAAUUGGAUGCCCUUAUUGCAAGAGCAAUUGUCAAUGUGGAGAAAUCUGGCAUGACCCAACCAGCACACACAGUGGCUGGGAGACUGGAGCAGGCCAAGCGCUGGCUUGCAAAUCCCACCGUCGAUGAUGGAGGCCUUGGCCUGCGCGCGGUCAACCUCAUCGUGCAGGAAGGACGAAAGGUGGCCGAAGGACUCUCCGGUCAAGAACGAAACGAAAUCCUUUCCCUCUGCAACGAAGUGGAUUCCCUGGCCCGCGAGCUGAACGACCUCGUCCGCCGUGGACUCGGGAACUCUCCGCAGGCUCAGCAGAUUGCUCGCCAGCUGGGAUACAAGCUUCAUCAACUGAAGAACAGCAUACAAGGUGCACUCGUGGACAGAGUGGUGGAGGACUUCGUCGAUAUCACCACGCCUCUCAAGCAGUUCACUGAAGCUGUCAUGGCUCCUGAAGGCACUCCAGGAAGGGAAGCAAAUUUUGCAGAGAAAGCCAACAAUUUGCAAGCAUUUAGCGAUCGGUGUGCCAAGACAGCCCGGUUGGUUGCAUCUGGUUCUGGUGGAAAUAAGAAACUUGCUGAGGCACUCCUGGCCUCUGCUUCUCAGGUGGAGAGCCUGACUCCCCAGCUGGUGAAUGCUGGAAGGAUCCGAAUGGCUUAUCCAGAGAACAAAGCAGCUGAUGAACACUUUGAAAACCUAAGGCAGCAAUAUGAUGCUUCUCUUCACAAGAUGAGGGCUCUAGCAGAUGAGGCCACUGACUCGGCCAAGUUCAUCAAGGCAUCAGAGGAUGCAAUGAGGUGGCAUACAGAGCAAUGCGAAACUGCCAUGGGAAGACGGGAGCCACAGAAGAUGGUCGAUCACACGACUGCCGAAGCUCGCCUUGCCAAUCGGGUCUACAUGGUGGCCAAACAAGAAGCUGACAACUCGGAGGAUCCUGUCUACAAUGCUAGAGUGAAUCGAGCUGCUGAGGGUGUCCAAGCAGCUGUAUCGCCAAUGGUGAGGGAUGCCAAGACGGUGACCAUGAACAUCUCUGAUCCCAAGGCACAAUCACACUGGAGGGACUCCAAUAAUGCUCUCCUCGAUUCGGUUGCAAACGUCCGAGAGGCGGUGGGUGUGAGAUCCGACGACGACUUCUUCCCGCCUCCUCCCGACAUGUCAUCCCUCUCUCUCAAUGCCAAUGCAUUGCAUCCCAUUUCCCAGCCCACUCUCCCUUAUCCCGGUCCCCCACUUUUGCAAAACCCCGAAGCCGAACUGGAUGACAUCUUACGCUCCAUGGGAACCUCUUCCCAUGGCUCUCUUCUCCAUAAAGACACUGCCCCACCGAGACCCCCUCUACCCGGAGGGGACAUACCCCCACCGAGGCCGCCUCCGCCUGAGACCGAUGAUGAAGAUGAAUCACCAUUCACCAGACCACCGCUCCCCAAUCAGCCUAUCAUGAUGGCUGCUCAUGGCCUUCAUCAAGAAGUGAAGCAAUGGUCAUCGAGGGACAACGAGAUCAUCGCUGCAGCUAAGCGCAUGGCAGCACUCAUGGCCAAGCUCUCGCAGCUGGUGCGAGGAGAAGGCGGAACUAAGAGGGACCUCAUUGCGUGUGCCAAAGCCAUUGCAGAUGCAUCUCAGGAAGUCACUCGCCUGGCAAAGGAACUCGCCAAGGAGUGCACCGACAAGCGCAUGAGAACUGUGAGAUUCUGUUUUUUCCGUUUGUUGGUGUGCUUCUCAGCCUUUCUUGCUCAUCUCGGUCUUCUCGUGCAGAACCUGCUGCAAGUGUGCGAGAGGAUCCCGACGAUCGGGACGCAGCUGAAGAUCUUGUCGACGGUGAAGGCCACCAUGCUGGGAGCUCAGGGUGAGUUGCUCUGUCUACAUGCGGUUUCUUUCAUCUCUGCUUUGUCUUUGUGGGUGCUGGGAUUUCACGGGGGAAUUCAGUUCAGCCGGGAUCUCCUCCUCUCGGAGUCGUAUGGCAAAUUCAAGUCGACUCGAAAGGAGGACAUCCCAGAAAGGGGUCGGCAUGGCUGCGCUUUUUCCGCGUCCCUUCCGCUGUGUCUGCGGGUGGAGGUUCGGGGAGGGGGAGAUCAGAUGAUAGACGUGUUGUACCGUGUGUGUGUGAUGUUGUCCAUGGAAAGGGAAGAACGUGUUUGUCAUGCAUUCUCUGCCUCUGUGUUCUCUGCCCCAACAGAGUCCUUCCCUCGGCGAGACGACGGCGAAAUUACAGGCGGCACGGAGGAAGACCAAGAGGCGACGGACAUGCUGGUCGGCAACGCGCAGAACCUGAUGCAGAGCGUGAAGGAGACGGUUCGAGCGGCGGAGGCCGCGUCCAUCAAGAUGCGGACGGACGCCGGGAUCCGGCUCCGAUGGGUGCGCAGGCAGCCCUGGUACCAGUACUAACCAGUACCGGUACAGAAGGAAGCGAGCGUCUCGCUCGUACCCGACUCUCACUAAUCAAACUCCGUCGGAUUCUCUCUUCUGCCUCCGAACUCAGGACCCGUCGUCGAUCCGUCGUGCAAUCGUGGGAAUC